UCGGUAGCUAUUUACUACCAUUUUUAUUAUUCCAACUCAGCAACAGCAUGUUUUUGUGAGAGUGAAUUAUUUUGCCUGAAUUUAUCACAUACAGCGGCAACGAUGAUACCUGUGACGGACUUUCAAAAGAUUGGUGUUGGCCUGGCAGGAUUUGGUGUUGCCUUCUUAUUUCUUGGGGUGCUAUUUUUCUUUGACAAAGGUCUUUUAGCUAUAGGGAAUAUUUUAUUUAUAUCAGGCCUUGCAUUUGUAAUAGGACUAGAAAGAACAGUUAGAUUUUUCUUUCAACGUCAUAAACUCAAGGCUACAGGAUUCUUUGUUGGUGGCAUGGUUGUUGUCCUCCUUGGAUGGCCCAUUAUUGGAAUGUGUGUAGAAGUAUAUGGAUUUGUUCUUUUAUUUAGUGGAUUUUUCCCUGUAGCAGUAAAUUUUCUACGAAGAGUUCCAGUUAUUGGAACAAUUCUCAAUAUGCCAGGAAUUAGUGGUCUUGCAGACAAAUUAGGAGCAUCAAAUUCCAUGGUAUAGCAUAGGACUUGCUGUCACAUUUGAUUCAUCACCUUACUGCACACCAUGGUAUAGAACAGGAAUUGGGAUAAACCAUGAAUCUAAGAUGUUAUAAGAGGCAAUGGUUACAGGAUGCAAUAGCCAACGGCUGUGAUCUUUAUAUCAGCCAUAGUUGUAACCGUAUCUGCAUCUACUUGUGUGUAUGUUGCUGGCAAGAGGAAUGAGAACUUGGAUGUUAUGAUCAAGGAGAAUUUUGAGUUCAAGUGAAUGAAGAUGAAACCUAAUUAGGAUUCUCCUAAAGGAAAGUUACUUUGGUAAUUUUGUUGCUGUUUGUAUGUUUGUUGGAAGGUAAAAAGGUUUCUGCCAAGGUAUAUCAUAAUCUAUUAUAACAUAUUGGUGUUUAGUUCACUUCAUAAAAACCAGGCACUGAACUAUUUGGUCACAAAUAUCAAAAUUUUAGACUGCUUUGAUUAUGUAAAGGCAUAUUUUUGUCAUCAAAAUAAAGCAAGAUUUGUUAUAGAUCAGCAUAUGUUCUUCAUUAAGGAACAUAAAAAACAAGCUUACUUUAUUUCUAAAAAUUAAAACAUUGCAAUAUUUAUUGUAGUUUUUCAUAUGAAGUUGCCCCUAUGUCUUUAAAACAGAGGAUAGUCUAAAUUUUAACUAAAAUAUAUUUAAGAUAAUUUUUUAAACUGUAACUGUGUUUUAUUUACUUAAUUGUAAUUUAUUUAU